ACAUAAACUCACCCUGCUGUGAGGUUUGUUAGCGGCGGAGGAAGAUGGCAACCUCGCGUCGCAGUGAUGCUUCCAAGCGGCUGGUGCAGUACGUGGUCGUCCGGGCGGACCUCGUCGACGCACUGUCCUGGCCUUUAGGAGCCGUCAUCACGCAGGCGUGCCACGCCGCCACGGCUGCCAUUCACCUGCACUACGCAGACACGCACACCCAGGACUACCUGGCGGACCUGGACAGCAUGCACAAGGUGGUCCUGCAGGCGCCAGACGAGCCAAGUCUCGCGGCGUUAUCCGCGUCGCUGCGUGAAAAAGGCAUCGCGCACAAGCUGUGGGUGGAGCAGCCGGAGAACACGCCCACGUGCCUGGCCCUGAAGCCGUACCCGAGGGACACGGUGCACCCGCUGCUCAGAAAGCUCGAGCUCUUCAAAUGACGCCUCUCCCUCACCAGCCUCGCGCUCACACGCGCCCCGUGAGCGUGCCCUUGGAGAACGCUGCUGAUGCAAGAGGAAGGACAUUACGUCUCUCCGUAGUUACUGGAGAUAUAUAUAUAAAUAAAGAAUAUAGGUUGAGUUAUAAAUAAACCUUGACCUACAUCACCGUAGUCGUUUUGUUCACCCUAAGACUUAAGCGGAUUAAACGUGUUUAUUCUUGAUUCAGCUGACAUUAAACCACACUGGUUUGGACUUGUCCCAGA